UGAAUAAGUAGAAAGUUAUUAAACCAACCAAUAGUAAUGUGCUUGUCUUUUUUUUUUUUUUUUAACCAAAAUCAUAUGGUACAGAGACUGUGUGAAAGCAAAGAAGGUAGUCAGUAUGGACAAGUUGUCAGCCACAUUCCAAAUCUUGAUCUGAAUGAGAACAUUUCUACUGGAUUAAAACAAUGUGUAUGCAGUAUUUGUGGAAAAUUCUUUGUACGUCAUUCCUUCCUUAAUAGGCACAUCCUAGCUCACUCAGGAUACAAACCAUAUGGAGAGAAGCAAUAUAAAUGUGAACAGUGUGGGAAACUCUUCGUUUCUGUUCCAGGUGUUAGAAGACACAUGAUAAUGCACAGUGGAAAUCCAGCUGAUAAAUGUACGAUAUGUGGGAAAGCUUUUCAUUUUCUCAAUUCAGUUGAAAGACAUCAGAGAACUCAUACAGGAGAAAAACCCUAUGAAUGUAAACAAUGUGGUAAAACAUACACUGUUUCCGGUUCUUGUCUAAUACAUGAAAGAACUCACACUGGAGAGAAACUCUAUGAAUGUAAGGAAUGUGGGAAAACACUCAGAUUUUCUUGUUCUUUUAAGAUGCAUGAAAGGACUCACACUGGAGAAAGAUGUACCAAGUGUGAUAAAGCCUUCAACUGUUCCACUUCCCUUCAUGACCAUGGAAGCAUUCAUACUGGAGAGAGAUCCUAUGAAUGUAAACAAUGUGGCAAAGCCUUUAGUCGUUUGAGUUCCCUUUGUAACCAUAGAAAUACUCAUACUGGAGAGAAACCCUAUAAAUGUAAACAAUGUGACCAAGCCUUCAGUCACCUCAGUUCCCUUCACCUCCACGAAAGAAUUCAUACUGGAGAGAAACCCUAUAAAUGUAAACAGUGUGACCAAGCCUUCAGUCACCUCAGUUCCCUUCACCUCCACGAAGGAAUUCAUACUGGAGAGAAACCCUAUAAAUGUAAACAAUGUGACCAAGCCUUCAGUCACCUCAGUUCCUUUCACCUCCACGAAAGAAUUCAUACUGGAGAAAAACCCUAUGAAUGUAAGAGAUGCGGUAAAGUCUACACUCAUUCCAGUCACCUUAUUCACCAUGAAAGAAGUCAUGAUAUAGAGGUUGGGUGUAGUGACUCAGCCUAUAAUCCCAGCACUUUGGGAGGCCAAGGUGUGUGUAUUGCUUGAGCCCAGGAGUUCAUAACCAGCCUGGAUUAAAACAAUGUGAAACAACCUGGGCAUCAUGGUGAAACCCUGUCUCU